GCACUGCUGUCACCCGAGCUUAAACGGAAGUACGAGAGCUGUCACGCGCCGUCACCAAUUGUCAGAGAAAACAACUUUACCUCUCUCUUUUCCGGCCUUUAUGGUGUUUGUCUGAACACAUUUUUGUUGAGGCACACGGCAGACAACAAAUAACCCGUCAAGAUGGUGAAGGGUAAUCAUAUGAUUUCGAAUGGCCACUUCCAUAAGUACUGGCAGCGGCACAUUCGCACCUGGUUCAACCAGCCGGCCCGCAAGUACCGCAGGAGGCAGAACCGCAUCAAGAAGGCGAAGGCCGUCUUCCCCCGUCCGGCCAAGGGUCCGAUCCGCCCGAUCGUGCACUGCCCGUCGCAACGCUACAACACCAAGAUCCGUGCGGGUCGUGGAUUCACUCUCGCCGAGCUGAAGGGUGCCGGUCUGACGAAGAAGUUCGCUCAAACGAUCGGCAUUGCGGUCGAUCCGCGCCGUCAGAACAAAUCGGUCGAGAGCCGCCAGGAGAACGUGCAGCGCCUGAAGGAGUACCGCAGCAAGCUGAUCCUGUUCCCGAUCCACCGCAACAAGAAGCCGCGCAAGGGCGAGGCCACCGCGGACGAGUGCAAGCUGGCCAAGCAGAUGAAGCGCACGGUCAUGCCGAUCCACAACACGCGCCCGAAGGUGACGCUGGAACCGAUCACGGAAGCGCAGAAGAAGUUCAACGCGUUCCAGGCCCUGCGCCAGGCGCGUCUGAACGCGCGCUUCUUCGGCGCUCGCGCAAAGAAGGCGAAGGAUGCGGCGGAGAACGAAAACAACCAGCCGGGCGCAGGAAAGGGCAAGAAGUAAAAAAAACACUGGAUGUGAGAUGAGAUGGGUGGAGCGUGCAUCUGUUUUCCUUCCUCUAGCCUAGCCAUUUCGUUUCUGCUCCCGCUCCGUCAACCGUCAACAUCAUCAUCUUGCUGUACUGUGCCGCCUGUGCACGCGUUUGGAUCGCGUGCACAGUUGCGCUGUGCUGUACAACGGGUGCGACACAGUUGUAACAACACACACUUCGGAGCGGAAAGGAGUGAAAUCAAAUAAUAAAAAAAACUAUUCCCCUUACUCGCUGAUGAGUUAAUUUAUUGCCGAGAAGGAGCAAACACA